AAAAGUGAGGGUGGGGGCGGCUGGUUCAGGUUUGCUGUCGCAAGCAAUUACUUUAUCUCGGCUGUCGGUGUGGCUCUUUUAAAGGGAGAGAGGGAGACACAAAAAUGGGAAGCACGGUGAUGGAGUCCAGCAAGGAAAGCUCAAAGAAAAUGCCGAAAAAGAAGAGAGGUCUGCGGAUUAACAUGCCAGACUUCGGUGCAUUUACUGCCCUUCAAGCGGAGACGAGUGGCUCGACCAAAAGCGAUGCUCAUCCGGGCGAGCGUCUCAUUCGUUCAGCCAGCCCGGUCAAAGGAGUUUUUGCAAAGAGCCCGGCCAGUGCCUCAUCAACACCUCAUUCUGCGCCGACACAUCCAAGGCCAUGUUCAGCCUCACCCAGGACCAUCUUCCCGUAUCCCUCCCAUCACAACGCCUCACCCAAGUCCCCCCAUCGUCUAAGCUUCAGCGGCAUCUUCAGGUCCAGCUCCCCAAAUGCAAGCAUUAAAUUUUUCUCCAGAACCAGGAAAGCUUCUGGAUUCUCGACGCCGCCCUCCACCCCGACCCAGGCAUUCAGCCAGCCUAUGCUGAGCCAGGAGGCCCAGCAGAGUGGCCCCAGCAUCGACCGCCUGGAGCCCAGCUCUCGAGCCCGGUCCCUCUCCACCCCGUCGGACACAGGACAGCGUCCCAGCUUCCUCUCUGCCAAAUCCCGGAUCCCUUCAACGAGCCCUGUGCCACCCUACUCUACCUCACAACAAGUCUACGGCUUAUUCGAAGGCAUGCUGGAGAAACUUGAACUAGAUGAUGAUGCUGCUGAGCCCGAGAGUGAUAUUUACAUGCGCUUCAUGAAAUCCCACAAGUGCUACGACAUCGUCCCCACAAGCUCCAAGUUGGUUGUGUUCGACACGGCGCUCCAGGUUAAAAAAGCGUUCUUUGCCUUGGUGGCUAACGGUGUUCGAGCAGCUCCGCUAUGGGACACAGAGAAGCAAAGCUUUGUGGGAAUGCUGACAAUCACAGAUUUCAUCAUCAUACUGCACAGAUACUACAAGUCACCGAUGGUGCAAAUUUAUGAAUUAGAGGAACAUAAGCUGGAGACGUGGAGAGAGGUUUAUCUUCAAGCAACAUUCAAACCUCUGGUCAACAUAUCACCGGAAGCAAGCCUUUUUGAUGCAGUUUACACCCUCAUCAAAAACAAAAUUCACCGCCUGCCUGUCAUCGACCCUGUCACAGGGAAUGCACUUUAUAUUCUCACACACAAGAGGAUCCUCAAAUUUCUCCAGCUGUUUAUGUGUGAAAUGCCAAAGCCAGCGUUCAUGAAGCAGACUCUGGGGGAGCUGGGCAUCGGGACGUACCACGACAUCGCCUUCAUCCACCCAGACACGCCCAUAAUCAAAGCACUCAACAUCUUUGUGGAGAGACGAGUCUCUGCUCUGCCUGUCGUGGAUUCAGGCAAAGUCGUGGAUAUUUACUCUAAGUUUGACGUGAUUAACUUGGCUGCAGAGAAGACGUACAACAACUUGGACAUUACAGUGACGCAGGCUCUGAAACAUCGCUCUCAGUACUUCGAAGGGGUUAUGAAGUGUCAUAAAAUGGAGACUAUGGAGACAAUUGUGGACAGAAUAGUCAAAGCAGAAGUGCAUCGGCUGGUGGUGGUGGAUGAGCACUCCAGUAUCGAGGGCAUAGUUUCUCUUUCAGACAUCCUCCAGGCCCUGGUGCUCAGCCCUGCAGAUGCCUGUAAGGAGGAGAGCCUGACUGAAUGAGAGGGCUGCGUGUCGACUGACGUGAUUUAAAAACGGAAUGAAUACAUUGAAACGUUCAGGUAGAUGGAGAGAGAGCGUGAAGGUCCUGGAGACGCCUGGAGUCUGUGUGCAGUGAAAAGGCUUUGAAUCCAAAGAGUUUGACGGCUGAGUGGCGUGGACUCUGCACAGAGAAUUGAUUUAUUUUUUCCUCUCUCUGUUGGAACACUGAUCAGAUGAUAUAGAUGUAAAGAAUACGCACACACCUAUAGGCACAUCUGUUCCCGCCCUCUUCAGGGG